GUGACCGAGUACGUGGCCCCCCGGCCCGCCGUGCCGCCGCGCUGCCUGGCCCCCAGGAGAGAAACCCGCGAGGAGGACAACGGUUACGCCCGGCUGCUGCGGCGGCAGGUGGAGGAGGUGUUCCGGGACAAUCGCAUGAUCGCCGUGUGUCAGUACAACUCCAUGCCCGACGAGGACGUGGUGAUGAUGAGGCAUUACCUGCGGAAGCACAACAUUGAGGUCAAGUUCGUCCUCAACGAGAUCAUCAGACCCGUGCUGUCCCAGUCCAAGUACAAGAAUCUCCUCCCUCUCUUUGUGACGCGCAAUAUCCUGUUG